ACUCAGCUACAGGAAAAUUUUGCCUUGAGAGAGACAAGAGAGUAUAGGCAGGCAGGCAGACACUCCUUAUGCUUCCUUUCAAGGUUCAUAGCUUCUUUCCAAGGUCCAGGGUCUGACACAGCUCCUCCCUGGAACUCCCCUUCUCAGAGUUAGGGAUAGUACUUGAGGAAUGACUGUGUACCCAGAUGGUCACUGCUUCCUGGGAAUGACUAUCAUGCUUUUAUUGCAGGCAGAAAUGUCAUUCAGUCAGUUGUCAGAGAUGAGAAGAGAUGGAGGCUUCUAGCUGACUCAGAUUUAAAAAAAUGGAGCUUCAGAGAAGUGACAUCCUUUGCCUGAGAUCACUUGAGUGGAAUGCUGAUGUAUAAGCUAAUUAACUACUAUUCACAGAAUGCAAUUGCUCUAAAUCCUUAAAUCUGAAAGACUUCACUCUGGAUGGUCCAGCUACAGAAAGUCUACCAGGGAUUCAUAUCCAGAAGACCAGGGUUCCAGAGACCCCAGGAGAUAUAUGUACCUAUGUGAUGCUUGAUACAAUGACUCAAAUUGGGUGACCUCUUAAUGGACUUGUUCUGCCUCACAGCUGGCACAAUAAACUGAUAUCCUGAAUGAUGAAUAAUCAUACUAUGGUCAGGAACUUUGUGCUCUGGGGUUUUUCUCAUCUCCAAGAAUUCCAGGUCCUUCUCUUCCUAUUUAUCCUGUUGGUGUAUGUGCUGAUCAUCCUGGGGAACCUGUCUAUCAUCACAAUCACUUACCUUGAUUCUCGCCUCCACUCACCCAUGUACUUUUUCCUUUGCAACUUUUCCCUCAUGGAGAUGCUUGUCACUUCCACUGUUGUGCCCAGGCUGCUGGCCGAUCUGCUGUCCACACACAAAACCAUCUCCCUGGCUGAAUGCCUGACCCAAUCCUUCUUCUACUUUUCCCUGGGUUCUACUGAUUUCCUCAUUCUCACUGCCAUGGCCUUUGACCGUUACAUUGCAAUCUGCCGCCCCUUGCAUUACCCAACUAUCAUGAGCAACCAAGUUUGCAUUAGGCUGGUGGUAGCAUGCUGGGUGGUGGGUUUCUUCUCAAUCAUUUCCCCCACCAUCCAAAAAAGCCGGCUCUGGUUCUGUGGCCCCAAUGUCAUUGACCAUUUCUUUUGUGACUCUGCCCCACUUCUCAAACUCUCGUGUUCAGAGACCCACCACAUUGAACGCAUGGACUUCUUCCUUUCUCUUCUCUUUGUAUUGACCACCCUGCUGCUAAUUUUGAUCUCCUACAUCUUCAUUAUGGCUUCUGUGCUGCGUAUCUCCUCUUCCUCUGGUCGUCAGAAAGCCUUCUCCACCUGUGCCUCCCACCUCACUGUGGUGGUUCUUGGCUAUGGCAGUUCCAUCUUCAUCUAUGUGAGACCUAGUAAGGGCCACUCUACAGACUUCAACAAGGUGGUGGCCCUAUUGACAUCUGUGGUGACCCCCUUCCUCAAUCCCUUCAUCUUCACCUUUAGGAAUGAUAAGGUCAAGGAAGUCAUCGAGGACAUUGUCAAAAAGAUACUCUCCAGAGAUUCAGGGGCCCUCAGAUAA